AUGUCCGCCUCUACUUCGUCGUCGUCGUCCUCCCCUUCCAAGGCUCAGUCGAUCGCCGGGAAGACUAGCGACCAGUCUCAAUUGCAGCAGCCUGUUCGCCUGAAGGCGACGAUUGUAGUACAAGCAGCACGUCAUGUCUCCCCAGUCGUCCUUGCUGGCCUGUUCAUGGCUGGCUUUGGACAUCUCGUCGCCUCUCCUGUGUCGACCAUGUGGGCCGCCUUGCCCGUCGUCGCCGCUCUGCAGCUCCUCCACGCCAUCAUCUGUCUUCCCGUGGCUGGCUCUUCCGGAGCAAUCAAGGCCAGGAAACAGCGCUCUGGCGACAAGAAGAAGGCCACCGAAGGCUCCGGCCCAAACCUGGUCAUUACGGCCCUGCUCUCUCUCCUGCUCUCCGUCCUCCUGGCGCCUAUCCUCCACGCUGCGAUGAUUCUUUUCGGCGCCCCUUUACUCACGCACGUCUCGCAUACCUUCCUGUGCGCCGCACACCUGUCUCUCCUGACCUCCUUCCCGCUCUUCUACGUCCACGGUAUCGACCCGACCGUGUGGACCUCACUCGCCGGUUUCAAGGCUCCUCUCGACGAGUGCUAUGGUGGCCUCUUGGGAGGAUUCCUAGGCGCUUGGCUGGGUGCCGUGCCUAUCCCGCUGGACUGGGAUCGUGAGUGGCAGAAGUGGCCCGUUACCAUCUUGGUCGGUAUAUACGCUGGCUAUCUAUCUGGGCGGAUACUUGGAGGUACUCUGCUCUGGGGGAAAAAGUUUUGA